GGGGAAUCACGUGAUCCUAGAGCGGGCUAGAUAUGGCGUCUUCGUUAGUAGUAGGUGAACGGCUGGUACGCGCUCUGAGGCCUGGCGGGGAGCUGGAAUCAGAGAAGCUGCCCCGGAAGCUGCGGGCCGAGCUCGAGGCCGCGCUGGGAAAGAAGCACACGAAUGCUGAUGGCCCCGAUGGCCCUCGACGCUUGGUUUCCUUCCGUCUGAUCCGAGAGCUGCACCAGCAUCUCAGAGAAAGAGGUUCCACACUGUAUCUUCAUGAGCUUUUAGAAGGCAGUGAACUCUAUCUUCCAGAGGUUGUGAAGCCUCCUCGGAACCCAGAGUUAGUUGCCCGACUGGAGAAGAUUAAGAUACAUCUGGCCAAUGAAGAAUAUAAACGGAUCACUCGCAAUGUCACCUGUCAGAAUUCUCGGCAUGGUGGGACUCUCAAUGACUUGGGAAAGCAAGUUAGAUCAGUGAAGGCUCUGGUCAUCACCAUCUUCAACUUCAUUGUGACGGUGGCAGCUGCGUUUGUCUGUACUUACCUUGGAAGCCAGUACAUCUUCACAGAAAUGGCCUCACGUGUGCUGGCUGCAGUGAUUGUGGCCUCAGUGGUGGGUCUCGCCGAACUGUAUGUCAUGGUACGGGCAGUGGAAGGCGAACUGGGAGAGCUGUGACGGAUGCUUCAUCAGAGUCUGCAGAAGGUUUUGGGAUCAUCAGGCUUCCAGCUGCCAAUCAGUGAUCCUGUGAGACUUCUUUUACUCAGCUUUAGUUAGAGGACCAAACCAGCCACCUGCUGUUUCUAUGAGGAGUCCUGUCUUCUGUAAAUUUCCAGAAAAAGUAAUGGAGGAGAUACAGAUGAUACUUAUUUUAAACUAAAAGAACUGGUCUCUCGGUAUCUUUUCCUGAACCCAUUGCCCAGUCCAUUCUGAGCACUGCCAAAACUGGGCUUUUUCCAUCAGGAAUAAAUGGAAUCCAGGCCUCCCCAAAAGUAAGACCAUGCUGCCUCGAACCUGGCCUAAUGCUCAUGCCUUGGAGCACGGUGGUAAUUGAGAGCAGAAGCCACCAAGAAAGAAAAAGCCUUCAUCUCUGCAGUGUGUCCUGGAAGGAGAACUGAUUAGAGCACAGAUACCCAGUAAGAGAAAACCAGCUUUGUACAGGAUGGUCUUUUAGACAGGGAAAUGGUAUUAACCCCCUUUUCCAGAAGGCAGAAAAGACCCAGAGGGAUCAAAUAACCAGCUGUGAGCCUUCUGUUAAGUUUACCCAAAGCCUCCUACCUUGUCUGGAUGUCUCUGUGUAAUAUUAAACUUCUGAGAACCUAAGUGGUGUGAUGACAGAAUUUGCCUAUUUAAGACACUUUAAAAGGUGUCAGCCUCAGUCACUUAUCCAAUAAAUAUUUAUUGUGUCCA